UUUUUUUUAAAUACCUCUAUCCCCGUUUGCUCUUCCUUUCCCUUCUGCUUUGCGUCUAUCUCCGCCACCCCGCUAUGGCCGCAGAAGAGGUGCUGCAAACUGUAGACCACUAUAAGACUGAAAUAGAGAGGCUGACUAAGGAGCUCACAGAAACGACCCACGAGAAGAUUCAGGCGGCCGAAUACGGGCUGGUGGUGCUGGAGGAGAAACUGACUCUCAAGCAACAGUAUGACGAGCUGGAGGCCGAGUAUGACGGCCUCAAACAAGAGCUGGAGCAGCUCAAAGAGGCAUUUGGGCACUCCUUCUCUAUCCACCGUAAAGUGGCUGAGGAUGGAGAGACUCGGGAGGAAACACUUCUACAGGAAUCUGCAUCUAAGGAAGCUUACUAUCUAAACAAGAUCUUAGAGAUGCAGAAUGAAGUGAAACAGAGCCGGGCUGUGGUCACCAAUGUCCAGGCAGAAAAUGAGAGGCUCACAGCUGUUGUCCAGGAGCUGAAAGAGAACAAUGAGAUGGUGGAGCUUCAGAGGAUACGAAUGAAAGAUGAAAUCCGAGAAUAUAAAUUCCGGGAGACCAGACUCCUUCAGGACUAUACAGAACUGGAAGAAGAAAAUAUUACAUUACAAAAACUAGUGUCCACAUUAAAACAGAACCAGGUUGAAUAUGAAGGCUUAAAGCAUGAAAUUAAGCGAUUUGAAGAAGACACAGUGCUACUGAACAGCCAACUAGAAGAUGCCAUUCGACUGAAAGAGAUUGCAGAGCAUCAGUUGGAAGAAGCCCUUGAGACACUAAAAAAUGAAAGAGAACAAAAAAACAAUCUAAGGAAGGAGCUGUCCCAGUACAUCAACCUUAGUGAUAACCACAUCAGCAUCUCAGUAGAUGGGCUCAAGUUUGCUGAGGAUGGGAGUGAGCCAAACAAUGAUGACAAGAUGAAUGGGCAUAUCCAUGGGCCUCUUGGGAAACUGAAUGGAGACUAUCGUACUCCCACAUCAAGGAAAGGAGAAUCCCUACACCCUGUGUCUGAUUUAUUCAGUGAGCUGAACAUUUCAGAAAUUCAGAAACUGAAGCAGCAGCUCAUGCAGGUGGAGCGAGAAAAAGCCAUUCUUCUGGCCAACCUCCAGGAGUCACAAACCCAGCUAGAACACACCAAGGGGGCACUGACUGAGCAGCAUGAGCAAGUACACCGGCUCACAGAGCAUGUCAAUGCCAUGAGGGGCCUGCAGAACAGCAAGGAACUCAAGGCUGAGCUAGAUUGUCAGAGGGGCCGGAACUCAUCGGAGGAGGCCCAUGACUAUGAGGUGGACAUCAAUGGCUUAGAGAUCCUUGAGUGCAAAUAUAGAGUGGCUGUCACUGAGGUCAUUGAUUUGAAAGCAGAAAUUAAAGCCUUAAAGGAGAAAUAUAAUAAAUCUGUAGAAAAUUAUACAGAAGAAAAGACAAAAUAUGAGAGUAAGAUCCAAAUGUAUGAUGAACAAGUGACAAACCUUGAGAAGACAUCUAAGGAGAGUGGUGAGAAGAUGGCUCACAUGGAGAAGGAGCUGCAAAAGAUGACUGGCAUAGCCAAUGAAAAUCACAACACCCUCAAUACAGCCCAGGAUGAAUUGGUGACCUUUAGUGAGGAACUAGCACAGCUUUAUCACCAUGUGUGUCUAUGUAAUAAUGAAACUCCCAACAGGGUCAUGUUGGACUACUAUAGACAAAGCAGAGUUACCCGCAGUGGCAGCCUCAAGGGGCCUGAUGAUCCCAGGGGGCUUUUGUCUCCAAGACUAUCCAGGAGGGGUAUGUCAUCCCCAGUAGAAUCAAGGACAUCAUCUGAACCAGUUUCAAAAGAAAACACAGAAACUAUUAAAGAGCCGAGUCCAACCAAGACUCCCACAAUUUCUCCUAUUAUUACUGCCCCACCAUCAUCUCCAGUUUUGGAUACAAGUGAUAUCCGUAAAGAGCCAAUGAAUAUCUACAACCUCAAUGCCAUAAUCCGGGACCAAAUCAAGCAUCUGCAGAAAGCAGUGGACAGAUCCUUACAGCUGUCUCGUCAAAGAGCAGCAGCCCGAGAGUUGGCUCCCAUGAUUGAUAAGGACAAAGAAGCCUUAAUGGAAGAGAUUCUCAAGCUGAAGUCAUUGCUGAGUACCAAACGGGAGCAGAUUGCCACACUGAGGGCAGUGUUGAAAGCCAAUAAGCAGACAGCGGAAGUGGCUCUAGCUAAUCUGAAGAACAAAUAUGAAAAUGAGAAGGCAAUGGUGACUGAAACGAUGACAAAACUAAGGAACGAACUGAAGGCUUUGAAAGAAGAUGCUGCAACCUUCUCAUCUCUAAGAGCAAUGUUUGCAACAAGAUGUGAUGAAUACGUCACACAGUUGGAUGAGAUGCAGAGACAGUUAGCAGCUGCAGAAGAUGAGAAGAAGACUCUAAACACUUUAUUGCGAAUGGCUAUCCAGCAAAAGCUCGCCCUGACACAGAGGCUGGAGGACUUAGAGUUUGACCAUGAACAGUCCCGACGCAGCAAAGGCAAACUUGGAAAGAGCAAGAUCGGCAGCCCUAAAGUAAGUGGGGAGGCGCCAGCAGCUGUACCUACCAUAGACACUUACCUCCUGCAUAGUCAGGGCCCACAGACACCCACCAUUCGGGUCAGCAGUGGCACUCAGAGGAAAAGACAAUUUUCACCUUCCCUUUGUGAUCAGAGCCGUCCCAGGACUUCAGGGGCUUCCUACCUACAGAAUUUAUUAAGAGUUCCCCCUGAUCCCACCUCCACAGAAUCAUUUCUUCUGAAGGGUUCCCCUUCCAUGAGUGAACUCAUCCAAGGGCAUCGGCUCAGCAAGGAAAAAAGGUUAACCGUGGCUCCACCAGCAAAAAGAGAUUGUCAGCAGCCUGCUGCCUCCGUACCGCCACAGUGCUCACAACUAACUGGGAGGCAAGACUACCCAACUGUCAGUCCGGACAUUGCCCUCCCUGAGGAGCAGCCACAUUCCAGCUCACAGUGUGCUCCUCUCCAUUGUCUCACCAAGCCUCCUUACCCCUAGUCUUCAUCUCUCAUGGAUGAGUAUAUGGGCUGAAAGUUUUGUAGCCACACUGAGGACACUGCCUGAGAUCUAGCAGGUGUUUUCUUCUUGGAGAUUAGAUGUACAUAUAGAUUGCAGGCCAUCAUUUUUGAAGAGGAGAGUUCAGAAGAAUAAAAUGAUGCAUUGAACCUGGUGUAAUCAAAGAAUUUAUGGUUUAUCUGAGUCACAGAUGACCUGCAAUCAAAUGGCAACAGUUCACUUGAAAUUUAAAUGAAACAUGUAUCUCAGAUAACUGGCUUUAUCUCCACAGCAUAAAAGAGACCCAAGACAAUGUAAAACAGAUAUGUUGUAAAAUCAUCUUUCCCUAUACUUCAAAGUCAGUCAUCGAAGUUGAUUUCAAUAUUUUCAUUGAUAUUUUAUAUUUUAUUUGCUGUGUGGUUUGUGUUUAUAAAGAUACCUUCUGUAAAAGGAAUUCAUUUAUUUUUAAAUACUCAUAGUUUGCUCAAUUUAAUUUAGUUUAAAAUCUGGAACUGGCAAGAUUAUGGUCAGAAAAUUACAAAUGAGGUGCAUCAGAAUGUUAACACUAACUGUUUUGCUGCUACAUGAAUAUUCUUUAUGCAGUUAUUUUCUAAUUAGUAACUCAUUAAUUGCUAAUUUUUUUUUACCAUAGUUCUUCAGUGGACAUUUAUUAAGUAAAUCUAAGAAAGAGGCAAAGAUAUGAUUCAUUGAAUUAAUCAAGAUUUGAUUGUAUCUUUAAUUUUUUUAAAUCGAAGUUGAGUAGAUAUAUUGGUGCUGCUCUUGUGUGAUUAUAUGUGCGUGUAUGUGUGUGUAUGUGUGUGUGAGUGUGUGUGU